AUGGAGGCCCAGACUCCGGAACUCACGGCGCUGAGAUCGAUGAGGAACCUGCAGUUCUCGUUAUAUUGUAUGACGCAUACCGAGUCCUCAGCCAAGAUGGUUCCCAUGCCGUUACUGCCCAGAAUUUACCCAAUAGCUGAAUUACCACAGUUUGCACUCGACACGAUUCCUAAGGAAACGGCUACAAGUCUCAACACCGCUCCACAUGACGACGCGGAAACACAUGGCUUCUAUGGUAUGUUGAACUAUAUUUGUCGACUGAUUGGAAUUGCAGUAAAUCGGCUGCAGAAAAAGACGCGCAUUCGUUGCGAACGGAGCCAUUUCACCGGCUCACAACUCAGCUGUUUGGAAAAAGCGUUCAAUGUUUCGCAGUACGCCGAUAUUUCAACAAGGUACAAGCUGCACAUGGAAACGGGAAUUCCGGAGGCGAAAAUUCAGGUAGGCCGGUCUUUUCAUACAUUCUUAGGCCACCCGAAAAACCCCCAAAAAAAUGGAGCAGAUUUCUGCCCAGAUUUAUUGGCACACCUUGUGCAUAUCGAUAUGUAGUGUAUGGUGGGCCACUCGAAACUUCCAACGUUGAAGUUUGGAAUCAAAAUUUAA